ACUAUUAGGCGCAAGGAAAGGGAUAGAGGAUGGCGGGAAUGGACGAGCAAUAAAAAUUGGGAGAUAUACAUUCUCAUUCCGUCGACUGGUCUUGACGCAUUUACGGGCCUCGGGUUUGGUUAGUGGUGUUUGGCCGGGUCUUUUUUCUUCUUUCACUUUUUCUUCUCUCUAUUCUUAUAUUUAUUUUUCUUUCUUUCUUUCUUUCUUCCUUUUUGUCGUUUUGUUUUUUGUUUGAAUGGGUUGGGGUGUUGUUUUGUAUGGAUGUUUGGGUGGGGUGUAAAGGCUGUUCUUGUUUGCUUCCUUCCUUGGAAUCAAUUUCAUUCAAUUUUUUUUUCUAUCUCUUCAAUCUUUUGUUCGAUGUAUCUCUUAUGGUCUUUAUUUAGAUCGGUCCCAUUACCGGUUUGCCCGCAGGAGCUGCAUGACACUAAAACCGAAGAGGACUCGGCCCCGACGGUUCAGCUCCGAGGUCCAUCGACUGGAAUUGACCCUCCAACACCGCUCAAUUCUUCAGCCGGAACCCGGAAUGCCAUGUCCUUGGGUUGUGGGGAUGGUCAGGCGGCGGUGGGGGCGCAUUCCUGGCCUGUUAUUGUCGCUAUGAUUGCUCUUAUUGGAAUGGGUCGAACAAUGUCCAGCAAACGAACACGAGAGCUGAACUGAGACUGAACUGAGACACCAUGCGGGAAAUUCCCCGCUUCACUCCAUGUCUCAUGGAACGUCAUAUUAAUAUCAUAUUUCCUUGCAUAUCUUCGGCAUCUGUCCGCUUCAC